UCAAAUUAGGAUUAAACUUUAGGGCUGGGACUAUAUGCUUUUCUCCCGAUUCCAUUCUUCUACGAUUUUUUGGAUGUUAAUUCGAUUUAAAUUGCAAUUCAACGAUAAUGUCAAUUUUCUUGAUUUUUAGUCCGCAUUUUUAACACCAGUGAAACAGUUGAAUGAUUGCGAUUGUCUACUGACUAUUCCAAAACUAUAUUUCCCCCCAAAAAUACACAUCACAUGUAAGUCAGUUUUUAAGAUUUACGCUUGAAUUUGGAGAGAAAAAAAAGAUAAUUUUUGAAUAUAAAAAUCGAUUUAAAAAUUGUAAAACUUUUUUUUUUCUCCCACCCUUAUUAACUUCACAAUUUAGUUCACAAUAAAAUCAAAACCCUUUUUUUCUGUUGGUAUUUUCACUCAGGCAAUGUUUUAACACAUACCAUGUUGUAUUUUGUGGUUGCUUUAUCUCUGUUUUCUUCAAUUUGAUUAUGAAUCACUUAGUUUCUUAUGAUCUAACACUACUUUUUAAUUUCGGCUCUAUUUCUCUCCUUUAGCCAUUAACCACCGUUAUAAAAAAUUGUGCUCUUCAGAUAAAUGGAAUUUCUUUUAAACUAGCUUUUGUUGUUUACAGAUCCUGUUGGAAGUUAUCCCCUUGUGCCUCAUCAUUAACAGAAAGAAGUCAAAAUCACUAACUUUAUAAAUGUGCCUCACUCUUUUUACUUAGAUUGGUUUAAUAUGACGUGUUUGAUCUUACUCUCUCUUGGGUUCUUGCUGUUCAGAAUUGCAAGUCAGUAUUAAGUAUGAUUACAGGGUUUUGGCCAAUCAGAGCAAGAUAAAAAAGUUUGUUAAGGUAUGCAAGGUAUGAAAACUCAGUCUCAGUGCUCUGAGGUAGUGUGCAAAAAAAAAGAUGUUGUUUUGGUUGUCACAGGUAGGUAGACAGACCAGAUUAAGUGUAAACAGCUCCUAUACGAAUCCUCUUGUGUAUUCAAGUGCACAGCAGUGAAAAACAAACACUCUCAACUUACUAUGACACGAGAUUCUGCUCUGUGAGUAUACUAUUUGAGAUGACAGAGGCUGAAGCCAACCUCAUCUGUCAGUGUGCAACACAGAAAAGCUGCCCUGACGUCACAGGGUUAUCUAAUAGAGACACCCAUGGGCAUCCUGGAGUAGGUGUCUCCUUAUAUUAGUAUAUCAGGGUCUAAAAAAUACCAAUUCAUCGUAAAAACAAGAAAUAAUUGUGAGCAAACUACAUGUUUCGCCUGUAGCUGAAAACUUUCCAUGGGGAUAAACAGGAAUAAAUCUGAAAUUUACAAAAUUGAAGGUUGGCCCUCAUCAGGGAACUUGAAUAUAGUUAGGAGCAUAUCGACGGACAAAUAAACCUGAUUGACAAGAUUUGCGACAGCGUUCACAGGGAAGAGGUUAAAAACUUUUCAAGUAAGGGUGUGUUUGAAGGAACCGUGACGGCUCUGCGCAGAAAAGCCCCAGAAUUUGAAGGAACUUUGCUGCGCGGCAUCAUCGCCGUACCUGUGUCUGAGUGCUUCAAACUCACUGGCUCUAACCAGUCUUGCUUCCUGUUCCCCCGUCAUAUCCUGAUGAAGCCUCUGCUGCUCUUCUCUCUCUCUCUCUCUCUCUCUGUCUCUCUCUUUGCAGCUCGUCCUCCAGUCUGCCAGAGGUUUUGCUGUUACUCUGCGAGACUUAUGAGCGUGUCCAUGUGUGUGUGUGUGAGAGAGAGAGAGAGAGAGAGGAACACACCACUGUACCCCAUCACACUGCCUACCCACCUACCUACCUAACUACCCACCUACUGCUGCUCUGCCGUUGCCAUGGAUACAGUGCCCUCUCUCGCCCCUCUCUCUCUCUCUCUCUCAUGGUGGGUAUGGAGGGAUGGAGCGUAGAGGAGAGGAGAAGUGGCUCUGGCUGCUGCCUCUGCGUCAUAUUCAUACCAGUGCAGCUGAGAACUGCCCCCCCCCUCUUUUUUCCCCAUCCUUCCCUCCUUCCUUCCUUCUCAUCAUCCAAUUUGCACACAGCUAGCCCCCCCCCUUCCCUCCAUUUGUGUCUCCUAUCUGCAUCUGCUCAUCUCUCUCUCUCUCUCUCUGUUUCUCUCUCUAUCCUCUUCUCUCUCUCUUUCUCUGUUGGCGCAGCUCGGUUUCCUCUGCGCGGCUGGCUGACCCGGGCGGACUUUUUUCGAGCGAGCGUGGGCGCACGGGGAAGACAAAAGGUAAGCGUUUAGAUGGAGGAUGUUUAAGAGUGUUUGUGCAUGAAAGAAAAAAAAAAAGAAAAGGAGAGGGAAAAAAGAAAGAAAGAAAGGAAAAGAGGGAGGGAGGGGGGCAGAACAGCUGCAAGACAAAAGAUGGAGAGGUAAGCGUUGCUGGCGUGAACUCACCUGAGAUAACAAGUGUGCCGCCAGGUGCUUUUGCGAAAAGGUUUUGCUGAUGAAAAAGGUUGUCAGUGCGUGUGCGAAAGUGUCUGCUACAAGAGGACAACACGCAGGAGAGUGUGUUUGUGUUCAGGCAGUGAGUGUGUCUGCGCGGAUGCACUUUGCUGUCUGUCACACAGUGUUGUGAAGCUGCUGCAUGUUCCCACAGUGGAGAGAAGGAGGCGAACAGAGGGGGGAACUUCAUUAUUCUCAGAGUGCUUUUUUUGGGGCGAUGUGUGGAUGUGUUGACAGAGCGGGAAUCUCUGUGUCUGCAGGAGUGUGAGGACAAGAGGAGAGGAGAGAGAGAGAGAGGGGAGAGAGAGAGAGCAUGCCUGACAGUGGUGAAGUGCUCAGCUUCAAAGCCUAAUCGCUCCUGGAAACAGAAGCCAUUUCCCAAAUCACAUUCACACACCCCUCCUCUGUUUCCUCUCCCUUUUCUUCUUCUCCCCUCGCUUCUUGUCUCUCACACUCUCCUUUGUUCGGAGUUCCUCGUUUUUUACAGAAGCAGAAUUUUCCCCUGUAAAUGUCAAACCUGCAGAUCACAACCUUCACACGCACAAAGGACUGACACGGUGACAGGAGAGCGGCGAGAGAUGAGAGCGAGAACCUUGCUGGAACAGAAAAAUAGGCUCAAAGUGUGUGAAAUGAAAAGAAGGGGGGAGAGGAGAAGUAAAGGAGGCCCGCAGGGUUCUUCAUUGUGUCUCGGCCCGGAGAACAGUGUCUGACACCGUGUAUGACAUUUAGCUGUGAUGCUGCUGACUGCCUGCGUGCGGGUGUGUGGGGAAUGUGCCUGUCAGCUUGCGUUUCAGUGGAGACAGUUGUUUGUCUGCUGUUAGUAGAUUGGUUGUGAGUGACAGACAGCAGAGAUCUGAGGCUUGUUAGACUGAGCUUUGACACACAUGAGGGGGCUUUUUGUUAGCGCACAAGACGUAUGGAUACACAGCAGCGGUUUUCCCACGCUUGGACCAAAGUAGCUUUUUACUGACACAAACUUGGAACAUUUUAAGAUUUAGACGCCACGUAAAAGUGGAUAUUACUACAGAAUUUUUUACAAGUGCACACUUUAUGGGGUUUAUUUGAUGCCUUUAUAGAGAGAUUGGGCAGUGGAUGGAGGAAAGUAAGAAGAGGGAGUGGGGAAUAACACGGGGGCAAGUGCCACAGGUAGGAGUUGAACUUGCACCACCCACUUUCAGGGCAGAGGAUUUAACCUUCCACCCAAACUGAUGCUCCACAAAUAUCUCUAAAUUAAAGCCAUUAAAUAAUUUUCACCUUAUUUUGAUCUAUUUUAACAGUUUCUCCAUUCUUUGAGAUUUUCCGAAUUUUUUUUCAAGUUUAUUUGAGUUGACAAACAUAUUUUUUAUUGUUGUUGUGACGAACUUUUUAUUGAACAAUUUCAAUAUAACAUUACUAACAUAAUGCCAUUGCCCUGGCAUUAAAGAUUUCAGUAAGAAAGGAAAAAAACAGAAGAAAAAAAACAUAUUUGAUUGUAAAAAAGAAAAGAUCUAAAUGAGGUUUUCUUUGGAAAAGGAUAGACGUCACACUUUUAAGCAACAUCUCUUGGAACAAUUUAAAGGAAAACUUGACUCCUGUCUUUACUUGACCAAAGGUUUAAUGACUAAUUGUACAAAAAACAUCUUUUCAAGUUAUUUUUAGCUGCUAAACUGUCUUUUUCAACCUGUUAAUGACGAUUUUUUACCUCAGUAUUCAAACUAUUAGUCCAUGAGCUUUAUUUAACUGGUUCGGCUGCUCUUAGACUACCUUUAACGCUCUCUUAAUUGCACAGAGAUCUGCGUUAAUGCUGCUACACUUGUUCAUUAAAUCCUUAUUUCUGUUUUGCCUGAUUAGUUGAGCUUCUCUGCAGUUUUACCGAGCACAACCCCAGGGGUUCCCUCGAGCUACAGGUACCGAUUUUUCUGACAUUUCCGCGCUUCACUUUUCUGCGUUUGUAUUUUUCUCUCCGGGUUAAGAUGAACGUUUUUCCCCGUUAACAUUUCUGUCACUUUGUCUUCCAUUCAGUCGUAGUAAACUGAAAGCUAAGGCUCUGGCAGUCAUCCAUCUGACGGGAUCAGACACAUGAGCAACAAAGACAUCCAGCUCAUUGGUGUCAGUUCUGUGCUCGUGUGUUUGUGUAGUGAAGUGUGAGAUUAUGAGAUUAUUGGCUGGCAGAACAGGCUCGCUUGAGCUGAGAGAAGUUAUGGGAUGAACAGGAAAAAGGGAAACCAGAGCCGUGGAGGAGGGAGAGGAAAUGAAACAGAAUCAAAUCAAGCAACAAUGAGCUGCAGGAAAGGUCAAGGUAAUAUCAACAGGACGAGGAGAUUAAAUUGACAGAGUGAAGUGAGAUUAAAAAGGGAGGAAAAAGAGGCAGAGGCUGCGGGCUAAAGCGUCUGCAGCAGAGUCGGAUUGUUUACACGCUGCUCCUGUUGGGUUUGAGCGUGUGCGCGGUUGCAUGUGCACGCUCUUCCUGCCUCCCAUGGGUCUCCAGUGUCCCCGCGCUCCAGGUGGGCUUUGCAUUUUUAAUCGAUACUGUCUGUAGUGAUUAACACCAGUCUUCUCUCAGCAGCAGCAGAAAGGCAGGAGGAGAAAAAAGGAGAGGGAGACAGAGAGAGAUGGAAAACUGUCACAGAACGAGGCAGGGUGUGUGUGUGUGUGUGUGUGUGCAACAGAGUGUGUGUUCAUGUGUGUUUGUUUGGCAGUAAUGACCCUCUGCCUCUGGGCUCCUACUGAGUAUGUUUAUCUCCCACAGCAGCAGCAGGCAAAAAUGGACGAUGCAUCACUGCCACACACACACACACGAUAACACACACAUGUGCACAUGCACACACCUUGUACAUUUUUCCUCUCCCUUUGCUUUGCUCUAAUUGCCUCCCUCCUGCAUUCUCCCCCUCUCACACGCACACAGAUCCUCGCUCCGUUCCUUAUUACUUACUCCAGUCUCACAUACUGUACAGAGGCUUUCUUCCUGUCUCAUUUUCCCUCCCACUUGUGUUGCAAUAUGCCUAUUAAUGAUGCAGCUAGAGCAACCUCUGCCAAGUUCCUGCCUCUGACAGAGAGAGGAGUGUAGUUGUGCUGUACAUGCCCUGCUUUGUACCACUCCCUCUAAUCUCUCCACCCCUCUGCCUGUCUUGUUUUCCCUCAGAGUUAGCCCAUGCGAGCAGCGGCGUGUGGACUGAGUGCAGCUGUUUCGUUCCGAGCAGAGCCCAACAUGUGAGAAGAUGUCUGUUGGAGGUUGUGCUUGUCCUGGUGAGUGUCUACUUAUUUUCUUUUUUUGCUCUUUCUGUUUUGUCCCUCUUGUUCUUCUUCUUCUUCCUCUUUCCCGCUCCGUCUCUGUGCUCAGUGGUGCUGUCAGAAAGAUGACUUAUGUAAAAAGUGCUGCAAAGCCGCCCAGGGCCAGUGUCAAGCUGUGUGAGUGUGAGUUUUGUUUGCGCGUUCAUGCUUUUGUGUGUCGGUGAAGCGCUCGCAACACAUGUCCUAAAACAAGGUUAUGGACUGAGGCUACCACACACUGGGAUUGAGUUGUUCAGCAGAGCCUCUCAGUCACGCUAGCUUGCUGUGCAGCAGAUCAAUGGCUCUUUCAGUUUCACCACACAGAGAGACACUGAGGUAUCAAUAAGUACUUCACUCGCUGACUCUUUUCGCUGUUUGUCUCGGCUUUAUCUGGCAGCUGUAGGCCUGCUUUACGUUUGAAAGAGUUGCUUUAAAUCCAUUUUCUGUCAACGUCGGAACUGCUUUUUGUAUUUAGUCUAAAAAAACAUGUAAUACACUCACGCUUGUCCAUCUCAUAAUGAGUCCAUGUGGUUAAUUUGCUUUUUUAAAGCUCCUGCAACAUAAUUUAUGAGACACCUACCCCCUGACAUUUGACUUUAGCCUUAAAAAAGAAACAAUUAGAAAUACUCAAAGUUUUUCUUGAUGGUCUUGUUGUCUUUUGUAGGUCAGAUGGAGGCACUAAUGUUAAUUUCAGUCUUUUCUAUGACCGAUAAAAAACUCUUUACAGUAGCUUUAAUGUGACGAGUUAUUACCUGAAUCUUCUUGGUGCAGUUUUGAUAUCAUCCAGCCUGUUGUUGUCACUAACUCUAUAUGCACAGUAAAGUCUAUCUUCUACAUUCACACCUUCUCCUGUUAGCCUGUUACGUCACAUACUAAAGUAAUCCACAAAGAAGUUAGCAAGAGGCAAACUGACAGUGAAUCAAACGGUAAAAACACAAACAAUUUGAUAUCUCUGAACCUUUCGUACGUCUUUGUGUUAUUCUGACAGGUUGAGGUUUCGUUUGUGACCCAAUUUCUGUCGACACAUUUAUGCUGUUUGACUUAUGAGGGACAGCUUAGUAUGUGAACAGGGGAGCACAGGCAGAACUUAGACCAGUUUGGGGAUAAUGAGAGGUACGGAAUGACUUAGUGCGGUUUUAUUUGGACUGAUAUGUCAUAUUUUGUCAGUCUGUGAUCCCUGAGUUUUAUUCUGUAAGAUUACUUUUUUCUUUCCGCUCCUUCUUCCUUCCUUUUUUAAAAACAUGGGACAGGUGGAGAAGGGGAUUAUUUUUCUUAAUUCGAGCUUUAUUGAAGCUGGUGCAGCUGUGAAAGAGAGGAAAGUUAUGUGACUAAGAAAAGACGGAAACAUGCAGCAAAGGGUUAAGAGCUGGAAAUCAAACUCAGGAUUUUAAUGUAAACAGUCUACCUGGUGAACCACAAACACGCCCUUCUAGUGAGCCUCUGAUAAAGACUACAAGUCAAAUACUUACUAUUGUGCAAGUGUUUUAAGGGUUAGUAUCCACACUUUGAGCAAAAGCAGUGAAAUGUAGAUCUCUGUUCGACCGUCUGCGACAUGUUUGAGCAAUUUUUAUCAAGUAAAUCGCUUAAUCUUUCCUCUUCCCCGUUUUGAUCCUGCUCGACUUGGAAGCAAUCUCUCUCAAACAGUACCCCGGUGAGAGCAGGCGGGCCACACAGCAACCCUCACAGCGCCGAGGGGACGGGCACAAGGGAGCAAGUAACAGAUAGAAAUUGAAUCGCAGUGUCAGCUCAGGGGGAUCUCAGAGAGGCCUGAUUGAAUUAAAGUGUCAGUUUCAUUUUAAUGGCGCUGUUCUGAUUCAUUGGUAGUCAGCUAUCAGAUGGAAUAAAAUUAGAGAAAGGCUCCGACUUGAUGUUCUCUUCUCUGUAUCUCGCUUCCUCCUGCAGCUUCGCCUGGGAUCUCUGCCUCCUUCUGCUCCCUCUGUUGACAGACCAGAAACUUUUAAUGGCAGCCACAUGUUUUUGAGAGGAAAAAAAAAAAAGGGGUCGAACAGCAGAUUUGACAUGAGCACAAAUGUUCAGACUCUCGCAGGUUUUCACACGCAGUAACACCUUCAGGAGGAGCCGACUAGGACAUGUUACGGCUGGUGGAUCUCUCAGAUAACGACAUUGAUCAACAGCAGUCUCUCUCUCUCUCUCUCUCUCUGCCUUUGUGUGCGUGCUGUAAAUCAUUACAUUUGAAGGCUGGUUUGUUUACAUUCCUGUAUGAUGGUGGAUGGAAGAUCCUCCCCGUCCCUUUUGUGUGUGUGAAGCUGCAUCAGAAAAAACAAAAUCCUCUCUCUCUCUCGUUCUAACAUCACUUUCUCUUUUCAUCUGCACUCAGUCUUUGUGUUGUUUUUGGGUCAGAGCGUUUUUUGGAAACUGAGGAAUCUGAAGUGAGCGUAUUUGCAUGUGGCAGAAUGUGGGCCAUAAUGAAGAACAGACUUCUCCUGUCUGUCUGGUUGGUUGACAGCGCUGUGACAUCCCGCUGUUGUUGUGACUUUGCUGUGAAUCAGCCUUUUUAGGGCUUUGUUCGCCGCAUGAAGGAGAUCCGUCCUAACACAUCGGAGCCAAUCACAUCCUUUGUUCUGACUAAAUGGUAAAAAUAGAUUGCCUGUGAGCCGAAGAUACCCCCCCCUCUCUCCCUCCGCUUCACUCUCCCAUGCACCCACACAAGCAUGCCUUCCCUUCUUCUCACCCCUCCCUCCCAUUCCUGCCUCCCUCAUCUCACUCUCUCUCCCCCUCUUCCUCCUCUUUCACCCUCUCAUCCUGCACUCGCUGCCUUUUUUGCAGUCACAGUGCUGUUACCUCAUGCAGAAAGUCACAUGGCUCCUGAUUGGAGAAAAGUGACUUAAAGCAGAGCCAAGAUGGCAGCCAAACAGCCAGCGCUUUUUUUUUUUGAUUACCGUUACACAACAACACGACUGCCUCAGCUUUAUCUCGCCGCGCUGAAAGCCUGCGCCUCUCUUUCUUUCUUUUUUCCCCACUUCUUCUUCUUCUUCUUCUCCUGCCUCGUAACACCCCCCCUCCCCUCCUCUCUCUCCACCAGAGUGAGUCUCUCAGAUCUUGUUUGCAAGAUCAAAAUGGCUGUGUGUGCAGAGGCAGAGAGAGAAGGAAUGCGUGGGAGACAGAGAUGCUGGGGAGUCAGAGAGAUGGUGGUGGUGGUGGUGAGGAGGGGGGGCUGUAAUGAUGUCACAUCUGCUGCAGGCCGACAGGAUGGCAGAGAAAAGCUGCCAUGCAGCUCAGAAGAGGAGGGAGGAAACUAAAUGUGUGGGAUGGGAAGAGUGAUUUUCUAUCAAAGCGCACCUUUAUUUGUGGGAGCUGUAGCAGCGGUGGAGUCUUUACAACAUGAGAGCGAGGCAGUAGUCAGAUAGAGGCUGAUGCUGGCAGAGAGCAGGAGACAAAAGGUGUGAGCACAGACGCAGAGUUGUUUGAAAGCAUGGCGCUGUGUCUCUUUGCCGUCUGUGUACGUGCUUUUGCGUGAGUUUAAAGAUAUUUCUGUCUCUGAACAGAAUUAUGACCUUUUAUUAAUGAAGGAGUUUUUCAAAUCUUGGUUAAUUUAUGACUUGUGAGAGAUGCAUUUGAGGUUACUUAACGGGUUUUCAAACCCACUGUGAACAUUUUUUUUAUUAUCAAGAUUUAUUUUGAGGUUGUUUUUGUCUGUUAUUGACAUAUAGAGGUCAGUGGAUAGAUACAUGUAGGAAUAAAGCCACAGGGUAGAAUCGAACCUGGGCCGCUGAGACCGCUAAGCUUUUCUGUGAAGAGAUUUUUAUAUGAUGAACACCUCUAUAUGAUAUACAAAAGCACACAAAACUAUUAGAAAGACCGAUUUUCAUCUAAACCGGUAAAUCUAAAGCCUGUCGCUGCUGCCUAUCAGAGCGAUAUGCAGACCUGACAUGAAUUUAUUUUUCAGGAAAAAGAGUCAAAGGAGGUGAUUCAUUUGAAAGUUGGAUAAGCAAAAUGUUUUCUUAUCAUCAAAAAAAUGCUGCUACACAAACCUCACGACUGCUUUAGGGCUUAACAAGAUGCAAUUUGACCAAUGCAGCUGCAAAGUGCGCAUGUGCAGUCCUCAAUCCAAUACAGUCCAGUCCUCUUUAUUUAUACAGUACAUAGCAACAAACAGUAAUGUAUAAAAAAUUCUGCACAAAAAAAUAAAUAAAUAGAACACAUAUGAAGACAGUGAAAAAACCCGCUGAGUAACAGACGGCUAUUAGACGUCUAGUUUUUUUUAAACCUAAUUUCAACCGUCUAGAUUUUGUAUAUUUCUAGACGGAAUUUGGACGUUUCACUUUCAUCCAUUAUUCGAUAACUAAGAGAACCUGGAGAAUUUGACUUUUCUGUAGCUCUGAGAAGCACCUGAAUGUGAAGUCUACCAUCAGUGGUUAGUGAGAUGCUCUCUGCUUGCUCGAGACUCUUUGUAGUGAGCUGGUAGGACACAACAGUGGACAGGGUAGGAAAUGGAGUGAGCGCAGGAGUGAAAGGGACACCGGCUGGUUUACUGCUGGAGGCAUAACCUCCUGUAAAUGAAGACAGCGUUUAGACGGUGGACUUCAUAAAUACACUGUUGCUUGAUUAAAAAUACCUAUUUGGACUUGUCUUUGGUGUCAGAGGUGAAUAGUGCCCUCUGUAGAUUUGAGUGAGUAUAUGCAAAUUAAAGCAAAUGUUGACAUUUAACAGAUGAAAAAGGUUUUAUAUUGAGGUUCAAUCAGAGCAGAGUCUGACUCAUCAGGCUUACACAAUUUGUAUUUAGGAUGAGAGUGAUAUUUCACUUUGUGUGACGUGAAUGAGGAGCUUUGAUUUAGAUAGAGUUUUCAUUUUCCUCUAAAACCAAGUGCUUUGUUUUCCUCGUCUCAUUAUUCCCCAUCUGUGAGGAAGCUUAAGAAAGUCUUUGCAUACCAUCAUCUCUGCAGUCUGUCUCUGUGUUGUUCACUUUAAGACGUGGCAGUAAAACCGAGUGUUCAGGGUUGUGAAACAAGGUGAGAGAAGCGAGUGAAGGACACUGUCAUUUAUUCCUCUGGAUGUUGCAGUGAAAAUGUCUACAGUCCUCGCUGCCUCGUGCACAGGUUUGACUCCAGCCUCAGCUCUCUGCUGCACGUCAUCCUCGCUCUCUCUUUCUUUCUUUCCUGUCUCUCUUUUAUGCUCAAUCGCCAUGGAAACAAUCUCACACAAAAAGGUCCAAACCUUGAUGAAAUCUCCCUUCGAGAUUGGCUAACUGACCGUCGACUGCUGUCAUCGUCCACAACAGCAGCCCUCACACACCAGCUUUCUCUCCUUAUCACUCUUUUUAUCUCGAACACAUGCAGUUUAACUUCCUCCUGUCAGACACAGCGGCCCCCUCUGGGUGCUGUCUUGUGGCUAUCACCACCAGGCAGGUGCCACAACAGUUUCCCUCACAGUUUUCUGCUUCCACUGUGGUGUGGAGAAAAGCUGCAGCAGGAACUGGAAACAGGCCGUUUACUAGAGCUCUCUUCAGAUUUCCUCUCUAAAGCCUCACUGUCCUUAUCAUCGCCUCACCACAGGUACAUUAUAUCUAGUGUUGUGUCGUUGGUGAACGAUUUGUUCAAAAGAACCAAAUCUUUUAAGUUAAUGCACCAAACCAAAUCACUUUUGUUCAUUUCUCACUUCAGUUGAGCUGAUGUGAGAAACAGCAUUGCCAGGCGAGCAGCCGGUGAAUGAGGGACCACAUGCACCAACGCCUGAAUCACUUGGUGAACGAAUCACGCAUUAAACUACACUCUCUGGAAUCAUUUUUGUCGGACAAGACUACCUAUUUUUUCACUGAUAAAUUUCCACCACCACAAUUUGCAUUCAAUAGGACACAGCAUUUGACAAGUAGUGCAUUAAACCCACAACAUCCUAUCAUUGGAGUGGUUUGCGAGGGAACGUUGUAUGUUCAGUGUGAAUUCUUCAAAACGUUCAGUGAACAAAUCACUCACUGACCCCAAUUUACCGAGCAGACCUGAUAAAUAGCAUACCAUAGGAGAGUACACUUAAAACAUCAUGACUUAUAAACAAGUUCAUUUUUAUAAACCUGUUUGCCAAAGCAACACAGCCAAACACUCGUGUCUUCCAGUCCCAGAAGCUUUGAAUUGAACUGAAUCCUGAACCGUUCAGCUGUGUAUCAGUUCAGGAGGUCGGAGUGGAGUGAAGGGUUAAACAGGCAUCUCAUAUAUCUGCAACAACUGUGCAAAGAGACAAACCUCUCAAGAGAAGGUCAAAGGAGGAGAUUUGAACAGUUUUAGGUAGUUUCCAGUCACUACCUAAGCAUAUUUUUGCUUAAAAUGCCCACCCCUUUGUGUAAGUUAGAUGGAGUAAUUUGUGUGGAGUUUUAUUCCUGGAACUUUCUUGACUCACAUCGAGGAAAUAUGACCAAAAAGCUGCUUCCUUGCCUGUGACUAAAAAUGAUUGAAACCCUAAUUGAUCCGCUGCUCUUGAGUAAAAUAUACACCCCAAAGCAGCUGAUUGUAAUGAGUCUAAAUAGAGCAACAGAUUUACUAAAAUUAGGGGUUUUAAUGCUUAAGAACUGUUGUGAAUACUGUGGGGAAACUCCUGUCUCAUCUGCUGUUCUCUACUCUGAACAUCAGGAUGAUGUUUGCAGCGUUUGCCAGCAGAGGGUGAUGCUGUUCUGUCACAUUGAUGCUCGUGUCAGUCCAUCAACUCUGAACUGACUGCAGACUAGAAAAAACAUCAAACUAAAACUUAAACCUGCCAUACAAAACAACCUGAUUCAGUGUCUACUGUAACAAAAAUAUUUUUCUUUAGCAACGCCAAAGUUUACUUUUCAAGCUGUAAACUAUGAAAAAAACUUCAGAUUAAAACAAAUUAGUGAUAACAAGGUUUUGAGUGGCAUGUCCUGCCUUGGGGUGAUGGAGGUUGAUUGUGAUACAUAUCCAAAUAAGCUUACCAAUAUCCAGGUGUAAGAGUCAGCUGCAGCUGUGCAAGUCAAAACUAAUUUAAGAAACAUCCUCAAACUAUUUUAACGUCAGGAAUCCAAUUUGAAGCAGUAUUGUUGAUCGUUAGAUGUUGUUUCGAUGAUGUAGCCAACAAUACUCGUCAAAUAUGUUACUCGUGCAGUAAUCAGAUCUGAACUACAGCUGCUGCAGAUGAUGUCUAUCUGCUCUUUAUGCAUCGUGAAUGACCGCUGCUGGUCAGAUGUGUUUACUCUCUAAAUAAAAUGCUUGGCCUGGUGUCUCUCAUCUACUCUCCUGGCUCAUAUAAUUCCACAAACUGACGAGCAGCCCAAGUAAAAGCCUCAACAAAUUGAGUUUGAAAUGCACUCUGAGACCACAAAAGAUUUUCCGGUCUUCAACUAUAUUGCAUGUAAACAUUAGAGUGGUUAUUGAUUAAAAGUGAAGCAGCAGAUUAUACUCUUACAUAAUCUGGGUCUGUGGUAGGCUCAGGACUCCGGGCUGAAGGAUUUGAGUCAUCAGACAGGUCAGUCAUUUUUUGUAAGCCCUUAGAAAUGAAACGUAAAAUGCACGGUCUGUUUUGGUUACUAAUUAUUUGUCCAUGCAGCAGAUCUGAAUCACACCGAAUGGAUUUUUAAAAGGGGGAUUUGAAGUGAUUUGUCUUAUUAAUUACUGCACUCCUAAUGUCGGGAUGAACAAAAUGGUUAAAGACGACAAGUGCUUUGUUGACAUGGUAAAUUAUUUUCAGUGCUACAUCAUUACUCAUGAGUAUUAUGAUUUAAUUUGGUUUCAAUGGCACAAAUGUUUUAUUAAUCAUGCAAGUGGGAAAAAUAAAAAAAGAUUUCCAGGUUAAAUAUCGGUCACCAGGGCUCAAAUGUUACAACUGUACAGUGCAUAUUUUACUUUUUUAACUACACUGCAUAAACUUGUGUAUUGCCAUCUGCGGUCUUUACUAAAGUUGGUAUAACUAGAGGAGCAACGUUGUGUCUAACUCUGUGUUACGGUGUGUUUAACCCUAACUUAAUUUUACGCCGAAAUAUCCCUUAUAUACCUUUAGUUAUAAUGUACUGUGCAUAUUCUAAGGAACCUAUCAACUAUUAUGAAAAAAUUUGCUUUAAUAGGAAGACUGAGGAUAAAACUGAGUCGUUGUAGUGAGUGUUGUUGGUGUUCCUAAUGUUUAGUCUCCUUCAUAUUUGCUAAUGAAGUAAACAAGAAUAUCAGGAACAGAUUCAUUAUAACACCAGUACACCACUAUCACCCACUAGUUCUUCAUCAAUAAACUACAGUGCAGUAAUCACCUCCCUGAUCAUGUCAAUAAAAACUAAAAAUGCAGAGGAAUUAUUGUUGGAGCUAUUGUUUUGGAUUGCAUUAAAAGACUCAAGUGUUCCUAAUGUUGUGGCAGGUCGGUGUUGGUUCCUCCCACCUUGUUCCACCUCUGUGGACCCUGGUGCAGAUUGUGCAGGUCCUGGACAUCAUCACUAAUUGGGGGCCCCUGUCAGGGAGUCUGUCCGGCCUGUUUGUCCCGGUCUGUGAGCUGGGAUGGGCGGAGGAGUCUGGAGGAGGAGGCGGGGCCUUUGUUUGUUCGUGUCUCGGCUGGCAGGAACAAAGGGUCCUGUAGUAGAAAUAGUGGAUAGGUAGCACCUUCCCCCACUGAAGCGAGUGACAUUUUCAACAUAUCGGGGAUUUUAAAAUUGACAGGACCGUGGAGACACAGCCGGUGUUUUCUACUCUCCAUCCGCCGCCUUCCCGUUUCUCAUCGCCGGACUGUGUUAACCAACGGUCGGGGCUGGAGCGCUCCCCCAUCCAGCCGUUGAGGCUAACCGAGAGGCUAGGCGGCUAAACACCGAGCGGAGGUGUUGAGUAAACACCGCGUUUCGGUAGACCUUUCUCUGCAGGUAACUCAAACUUAAAGCCACUCGACUUUACAACAAAUUUGCCUCACUAAAAAGCUUAAAAACUUGUCUUAAACUAUCACAUGAAUUUAUAAGUGCGCGUUGAUGCUAACCGGAGUGUAGCAGCUAGCUAGAUGCAUAAUUUAGCAACCAUCCUCUGCAAACGGUUAAUGAACGCGGCCUUGUCGCUCAGUUUAUAUCUGCUUAUGUUUUAAAGUCUGCAGAUAAAGAGUAUCUUUAUGCAUGUCUGAGAUGAACCUCUGAGUUGACAGUAGUGUGCAGUGAAAAAUGUGUGUCUGCACAUUGCUUUGGAUGCUUUAUUGGAUUAGGGCCAGCCUCUGGAUGUACGCUAUUGUUUGCUGUGAACAGUUUGGGCGGACUAAACAGCAUCAAAGUCUCAUCGUUUAAAGUCCACCAUUACCAGAGUGGUUCUCCAUCUGCAGCUUUUACCAGACUUAAAUCAUGUGCAAACUGAAGAUGCUCACAGACUGGGGAAUAUAUGUGUUUAAAACCAUGUUGUUUAUAUGUGAAAUAUAUCUGUGAAAUGGUCAUUAUUUUCAUUUUCAUACUUUAUUUCAUUCAGUUAAGGAAAUAUCUUUUAACAUGAGAAUAAAAAGGAGCAGAAAGAAGAAAACUCUAAUAGAGUCUGCCCUCUUUCAUGAUAUAUUAAUCAGCUAAACACAUAAUGAAAAUAAACAACAUGCCUUUUUACAGUUCAAUAUUUCUUAUUAAAAAAACAAACCACAAAACGAACAGAAAAGACCUCGUAAAUUCACAUUUUUUCACAAAACAAACAUACCAAGACUUGAAUUAUUAACAUAUUUCCAUGUAUUUAUUUAACAUACUGGCUUUGACACUUUUUUUUUGAAGAUAAAUUUUGAUUUAGUUACUUUGUUCAGAUUGUUCUACAAACUCAUUUUUUUUCCUAAUAUUUCAAAUCCUUCUAAAUUAUAACAACUUUAUCCUUUUUCAAAUCGGCUCUGGUAAAAUUUCCUUAUGAGCUUUAUACAUAAAAUGCAACAUCUACUAACUCAUUGAAUUUCAACAACUGCAAUUCAACAAAAAUCUCUGCAUUGACAUUAGAUGCUUGUGUUAGGAGAGACUCUAUAAGCUGCAGAUUUAUGUCGAUCGGAUUAAUGCCCCUUUUUCCUUGGAUGUAUGUUAGUGUUUAUUUAGGGCGCAUAACUCCCUCUGUUUCAACUUUUUAUUGCAUGUCAGAGAAAAUUAGAUGCACACACUCAAAUGUCUUGUAAGGGAAUUUGUGUUGUGCAUCAGAUUUAACCAUGACUUUACAUAGGGGCUGAAUGCUGUCUGGAGCUGGUGGCUGCUGGUGUUGUAGAGGGUGGGCCGAUAGGUCAGAGGUAAAUGCUUUGAGAACCGUAGCUGAAUGCCCCCGGAGCAGGUUCACCCCCAUUGGACUAGGGAGGAGAGGGUGACCUGCCAUGACUCUUCUUGCAUGUAAGAAAAGAGCGAGAGUAAAUGAAGGCGGAGACACAGAGAUGGGGACAGAUCAGAGUUCACGGGGGCAAACUUAACCCGAGUGAUUCUUUUCUUUUUAGAUUUGACAACUUUAUUAGUGAGAAAGUCUACCUGCAGACUGGAUUAUAUUUUCCCUUAAUUUCCUAGCAAAAACUGCACAAUAUGCAAAUUUAGAUUACCCGGUUUGAAUGCAUUAUAAAGAGAACAAUACAAAUUUGAGUUAUCUUUCCAAAAGCACCACAUUGUGUAGUUUUAUUGCAAACCAUGUAAAUGAUGUGUAAUUUGCUGUCAGAUCUUGGCAUAUCCAAAGACUUGCGCGGUUGUUAGGGCCACUAAUUUUUCCUUGUGUUGCCUUCAGGGGCCCUUUGGGAAUACAAGAUUUACAUGCAGGUUUAUCAUACACAUCAGAGGGACAAACACAGGGUAUGCUUACAUCUUGAUGUUGACAGAAGACUGCAGAGUGUACUAAAUUCCUUCAGCUGACUUCACUUGUUUCUGUGUGGAAAAGCAGGGUAACUAACAACAUUGGCUGUGAUGUUCCAGUCUAGGUCAGAUACCAAAGGGUUGUUAUUCUUCAACAUCUCUGUCCUCCAUUGCCUACUUGCUUUGGUCAGACCUAAUUACAUGCAGCCGCUGUCUGUGUGAGGUCUCUUUGAGAAGCAAUAUAGAAUAGAUGUUUUCUCAAGGCCCUGAAUUGUUUGAGCAUGAAUGCUUUAUCCGGACAGACAAGGGUUAACAACGACCAGGGUAGCGAGUUGGGGGAUGGGUGGAAGAGGCAAACUAGAGGGGGGAGAUGCACGGUGCAGAGUGUGGGUAGGAUUACAUGGGGCUGUAUGCAGAGAAGAGGGUUCCCCAUAACAGUAUGGAGGUUGAAAGAACAUGCCACAACAACAUCUCAGCGUGCAUCCACCCAUUUCACUGAUUAUUUUCUCAGAUUGCUUCAGGCUAAUAAAUAUUCCUGUUUUUUUCCUCCCUCUGUGAUGAUUCGGUUUCUUGUCCAUUUACCAGAUUGAAGAUGCAUUAGGUAAUGAAAGCAGCAGGAAAUUGUUUUGGCAGCAUGCUUUUAUUGGAGUAAAUCUGGACAAAAUCAUCCAACAUUAGAUUACUUAGAUGACGCUGUGAUUUGAAUGAGCUAAAUCUAAAGUAAUCUAAAUCUCCUCUAAAUCUCUGCUCUCUUUUUUUCCCCCUCCUCUGCUGCUGUGUGCUUGUGCGCAGGCUGUUCGUCAAAGUCAUUCAAGCUGUACUCUCCUAAGGAGCCCCCAAACGGCGGCAGCUUUCCCCCCUUCCACCCAGGCGCUAUGCUGGACAGAGAUGUGGGGUAGGUGUGGAGUUAUACAGAAAGAGACUAUAUCUUAAACAAGGGUCAUUUCAGUUUAUUGUAAUUUGUUGUCUUGGCAGAGAUGUGUUUAACUUAAGGUGCUAAUAUAUAAUUCAUCAGUACAGAUCUGUUUUGAUGCUUCAAAGCUUAAAUUCUUCAAAUUCUCAUAGUGGAAAAAAAUACAGUGAAAGCUCAUUACACUGAGAGCUGAUUGAUUGUAACAGUGGAGGUUCAAUAUGUGUGUUAUUUCUCCCUCCACACAGGCCUACACCCAUGUACCCACCAUCAUACAUGGAGCCUGGAAUGGGGUGAGUGCGCUGACUGAAAAAAAAUUAAUCCAGAGUUGCAAUUCGUCUUAGCACGGAUGUAAUUUACAAGAUGAGCUUCCUCUAAAGUCUACAUCACUGUUUUCUGUUUUAGGAGACCCACACCGUACGGGAACCAGACAGAUUACCGGAUAUAUGAGCUGAACAAAAGGCUACAGAAUUGGACGGAGGUGAGAGUCGUUUCAUCACUGACACAGAAAGUAAUAAAAACACAGUGGUGCCUUUACAAACGCAGUAAGCGUAUGUGAAUUUUGAGUCGGAUCUGAACCUGAACUAUUUCCUGUUGCCAUGUUUUCAGAUUUUCCUCUUCCAGCUGCUGUUUAUCAGUAGCUUACCACGCGAGGGAUUUUUGCUGGAAAUUAAUCCAGAGUACUCACUGACUUAAUUUACAUUCAGGCUGUAAUAGGAUUAACUGAUCAACCUGGCUGAAGCAUAAUUGGAGUGCCAUGUCCAAGUGUGCGACAGACUAUAUGCUAUGAGCCGUGUUUCAUAUGUGACAACAAAUACAUGCACAGGAAUCUGCAAGGGGGGUUACAUGUAGGGGAGAUGAUUUCACAGGGAUUGACACUAACUUUUCUCACAAGGAGCACAUAAAGAACUUUAGGGGCACAACAAGCACAGUGUCCCCUGUGAAAAAGUUUGUCUCCUCAGCGUCAUACUUGUUUGUUCUGUUCAUUUGCUGAAUCUGUUUCAUUUAGCAUCCACAUCAAUUCCUUAUCAUCUGCAAAUUUGACGGAUUCUCUUGGUGGGAUUGUGCAGGAGAGAGAGUUGUAGAAAAGUUAUAUAAGUCGUAAAUUUGGGGGAACAUGAAUUUUUAGUUUUCAUUUUUUAAACAAGACGCAAAGUCAGUCACAUUUUAUCGAUUAUGGGAGGGGCAAAAAGGGAUACUCUGGCGUAAAAUUAAGUUAGGGUCAAACACACAGUAACACUGAGUUAGACACCCCCCUGAGAGAUGAAUGUUGCCGACCGCUUGCUUCUCUAGUUAUACCAACUUUAGUAACGACCGCAGGAUAGCAAUACAGAGAGCCGUGUGCUCAACCAAAACGCCACUCUAUAGCCACAAAUAAUGCUCAGAACAGCACCUAACUUCAUCAACAGGACAUAUAGGGUCCCAGCCAUAAUACUAGCCACCAAAUAUCUUUUUAACUUUGACUGAUUUCUUUAGGAAAGAGACUAAACACAACUCACCUACUCUCUUCCAGCAGCCGUUUGUUUGUAGCGAGACCUCAGGCCAGUCCAUUACGGACUACAGCGGGGUGACGCUUUUUACUCUGGAAUAUCCCUUUAAGUUGUAUUAGUUGUGCAGCCCUGAUUCAUGGGAUUAAAGACUCUGUAACUUUUCUUCCUUUGUCUACAGGACUGUGACAAUCUCUGGUGGGAUGCUUUCACCACAGAGUUUUUCGAGGAUGACGCCAUGCUGACCAUCACCUUCUGUCUGGAAGAUGGACCCAAAAGAUACAGUAAGGUUUCUUCCGUACAGAUGAGCAUUUUCAUGUCCUGUAUGAAGAUGUGUAUUUCAAUUUAAAUGCUCAUGGUUUUACUUUGAUAGUGUGUUGUAUAUGAAUGUCAGUUGGCAGAUCCAUCCACUAAAGCUCAAUUUCAUAUUUCAGUUAAGUGACUUUAUCAGCCCACAAUGCCUACAUGUGUCAGCUGUCAGGGUUUGCAUCACUCCAUGUGCACAUAUAAUUUUUAUUUAAAACCUUUUUUCCAUUUUCCUCAGCAAUCGGCAGGACGUUGAUUCCCAGAUACUUCCGCAGUAUUUUCGAGGGGGGCGCCACAGAACUGUUCUACGUUCUGAAGCACCCGAAGGAGUCCUUCCACAGUAACUUUGUGUCCCUGGACUGCGACCAGUGCACCAUGGUGACCCAGAACGGCAAACCCAUGUUCACGCAGGUAAAGUUACUGUGAUGCUGGAUGUAAAAGAAAAUUCAGCUGUUGUUUACGACUCCUAACUCAGAUUUCCCUCAUGUGUGUCAGGUGUGUGUGGAGGGUCGCCUGUACCUAGAGUUCAUGUUCGAUGACAUGAUGAGGAUCAAGACGUGGCACUUCAGCAUCAGACAACACAGAGAGGUCCUACCGAGGAGCAUUUUGGCUAUGCAUGUGAGUUUCAGACUACAGACACUGCUAAAGAGGGUUAGGGACUCAUUACAAGAAAACAAUAAUUAAAGGAAGGAGAUUAAAAUCAAAAUUUUGAGAUUAAAAAAAUCGAAAUCAUGUCGAUAAAGUUGAAAUUUCGAGAUUAAAAAUUGAAAAUUUUAAUUAAAGUCAAAUUUGAGAGUAUAAAGUGUCGAAAUGUCAUGAAUAAUAUCGAAAUUUUGAGGUUAAAAAAAUAAAAAAUUGGGAUUAAAGGUAAAAUUUGGAGAUUAAAAUUAGCAUGAAAAAAAUUGAGAUUUUGACUCUCUUAAAUUUCGACUUAAAUCUAGAAAUUUUGACUUUAAUCUUGAAAAGCAAAUUAAAAAACAAUUUCCUCCUAUAAUUAUUUUUUUCUAAAUGCAAAAACUGCACAUAUAUUUGACUGUGUUAUUGUUCUCAACAAAUCUCACAGGAUCCCCAGAUGCUGGAUCAGCUGGCUAAAAAUAUCACCAGGUGUGGGCUGUCAAACUCCACCCUCAACUACCUCCGUGUAAGAAGCUUCAUCUAUGAUACCUGAGCCUUUUUAGAUUUUUAUUACAUUGUGCAGCAACCAGUCCUUAUACCUCCUCUCUUUGUCUUCCCUGAAGCUCUGUGUGAUAUUGGAGCCCAUGCAAGAGUUGAUGUCAAGACACAAGACCUACAGCUUGAGCCCCAGGGACUGCCUGAAGACCUGCCUCUUCCAGAAGUGGCAGAGAAUGGUAGCACCUCCAGGUAACAAGAGACACUUUCAGAGUUGUCACUCUCUCUAAAUGUCCCUCACAGGCCCAGAUGCAGGUACAGUUGCACAGUCGUCUCCUACGAUGUAACAACAUGAUUGUGAGAACAUAUCUUUGUGUGUCUUCUGGUAGCCGAGCCAGCCAGACAAGCUCCAAACAAGAGGCGGAAAAGGAAGGUGUCGGGCGGAAGCACCGUGAGCUCCGGCGGAGGCAGCAAUAACAACAGCAACAGCAAAAAGAAGAGUCCAGCAAACAGCUUUUCACUCUCCAGCCAGGUACCUGUAAGCAUUACAUCUACUUUGACCUCUCUCUGAACCUGCUAGAUCAGCCGAGCAAGGUCUGUGGGUGGAGGGUGGGAAAGAAAGAAAGGACAGUGAUGAGUGGGUGUAGGAGAUUUUGGCUGGGAUUUGUAUGUAGGAGUAGUUGUAGCAAGAGGGACAGAGAUAGCAGAGAGAGCUUCUGGAGGGGGGAUUGGAUACAGAUGUGGUUUGGGUUCUGGGUUUACUCCUGUAAUGUUAGAUCUAGAGAGUUGACCCCCUGAUGUGAACCAGUGAUGGGCAGUCCCUGGUCCUCUGGGGCCACAGGUUUAUGGGUUUAUAUAGAGGAGGUUCAAGUGACCUCUAACUCUAAAUUUUAGGGCCAUGGGUUAGGGUUACCUUGCUCUGAUUAUUUUUUGUGGAACAGUCAGGUUUGAUCUCCAAAUGAACUUUGGUUUUAGUGUUACCACUAAGUCUAUCAGAGCACAUGACUCACACAGCACUGCUGUCUUUGCUUACGUGGUUGUUUGAUUGAGCGAACGAGACCCGAGGUGGAAUGAAAACCCCCUGAUGCAGCACUCAAGGAUCAGGGAUGCCCACUGCUGGCCAGUAGGGAGGGUCCCUCGACCCUGGUUCUUGGAACAGGGGCAGGGAAUCAGGCCCACAUGGACUACUGAACUGUCGUGUUAGACGCCCUAAAACAUUGUCCUUGUGUGAAAAGGUUAAGAUAAAAAGGACGAUAAUAACCUUAAAGUCAAUCAUUGGAACACUUGAGUCCCUCAAACCUAGCGUGAAGUUUAACUGAACUGCAUUUCAUCAGUCAAACUUAGAUCAUAAAGUUAGAUCAUAACUAAGCCACAAGCAAGACACGCCACAGUUACAGCUCGUCCAUACAGUCAGUCAUUCGGCGCGCACCCCUGUAUUAUGGGGAUAAUAUGUACCGGCCCUUGCUGUCCCCUUUAGGACGUGAUGAUGGUGGGAGAGCCCACUCUGAUGGGAGGGGAGUUUGGUGACGAGGACGAGCGUCUGAUCACGCGGCUGGAGAACACGCAGUUCGAUGGGGCGAAUGGCCUGGAGGAUGAGGACAGUUUCAACAGCUCGCCUGCACUGGGGGCUCACUCGCCCUGGAACAACAAGGCUCCCUCCAGUCAGGAGAGCAAGAAUGACAACUCCCAGUCAUCCCAGUAGAGUGCUAAGGGACCAGACUGCCCCCCUUUUUUUUGAAAAGCUUAAAAACAAAACUGGGAUCCACCUGAGCCAACACACUAGUGAGAGGAGUCAGGGAGGAAGGCCUCGAGAAGUUGUGUUCAGUUACUUUCUGUUUCUUUUGUUCCGUUCUGUAUUUUUUCGACAAAAACGAGAAUGGUCAGAGAAAGAAACAAAAGCGAUGGACUGAUCGAGCUGUCGCCUGAAGGACAGUGUCAGCAGAAGCCCUCUCGCUCCCUCAUAUUGUUGCACAUGCUCAGUGGUGCUCAGCCUUGGCCCUUAGCUGCUCGGCUUUAGCCAGUCCUCCUUAGAGGUGUGGUGAGACUGGCGGGGUGUGUGCAUGCGUGUUUACCCCCUGCCGUCGUAGCUCACCGCAGCGUUUGAGCCAAAGUCAGCAUGUCCUAAAGCCUGAGUGCUGUCAUGGCGACCAUGUCAGUGGGUUCUUGUUCCAACCUCGGGUCUCGCAGGCGUGCGUUUCUCUUGACGACGCACUUUGUUGUUUCUGUUGUGCUCAUGGUCACGGGGGAAAGGAAAGCUUUUACUUAACGUAUUGUUCUUGCAGGCUGCAGAAAUCUGUGUGCACUCUUAGUGGUAAAAACUCAACGUUCGGUUUUUUAAAAACUCAAUCAUUUGUUUUUGUAGGACCUGGUUGGAACAAAAACCUGUACAGUGCCGGAGCUUGAGGACCGGAGUUGAGAACCACUACGCUAAAUCUUAAACACACACUCACACACACACACACACACACGCACCACACAUUAACACUGACACACACACACACAUACACACACACCCAGAAGAGUGCUCACACCAACACACACUCACCUACACCCACGGCCUAAAACAUUGAGGUACUGGAGACAGGUGGUACGCAGCAUGUCUGGACCAGAGCACCAGACGCUACAGAAGUGUGUUUUUCAUUUUCUAUGUUUUCGACUUGUUUUGAAAUUUUUUUUUAUUUUUGUAAACAAUUUCUAAAAAAUAAACAGACAAGCAAGCAAAGCAAACAAAAACACCCCAGACUAUUCUUUGCACUGUUUUCCACUGUUAACUCCAAUCUAUUUUUCUUAUGAAUUGACGGUGUAUUUUUUUCUUUUUCUAUUAUUGCUAAUGUAAGAACUGUAAAACAUCUGAAACCUGCAGUAUAUUAAUGUAUAAGUAUUGCUGUUAGAUCAUUCUUCUUGUGAUGGUAAUAACUUUCAUGUAAGUCUGUGCUUGAUAUAAUGUCAUCUGUCCGUGUCAGACACCACCCUGUCACCAGGUGCAUUGGCGUCAGUGCUAGAGUACAAGUGUGGAGAACAAGGCGAAGGUUUUGUACUACAUCUCCAAAGCAGCACACUGAAAAACCUCUUUCCCUCACUAAAAUUUCCCAUCAAGCACCUGUUUGAAUCUGUCAACAUGUCAUUGCAGAACUGUUUGCUUUGUCUUAAAAAUCUCUAUCUGGGGGAUCCUCUCUUUAGAAAACAUGGUCACAGAAAACUUCUCAAAUUUGCUACUCAAAAAAAUAUUUUAAAAACGAGUUUUGACAGGAUUGUAAAAUAAGAAAAAAGACUUUUGUAUUAACUUAAGUUUCCCAGAAAUGUUUUUAAUCACAAUUAAGAAAGCUGCAGACCAAGGAGCUACAUGUAAAGACUCUUUCGAUAUUGAUUACACUGUGCUGUUUUCUGUUUUCUGAAGAAUCAUUUUGUUGGCUUUACUCCUCAUGUUUGUGUCUGUGCUUGUAUAUUUUUAGGUAGUAAUUUCUGUAAAAGUUAUUCUAUGUAUUCCUCCCUAGAACUAUGAGAAACUCAAUCUAAUGUAAAGAGAUGAAAAGCUUCUUAAAAGUUUUUUUAAACGUGAUUUUUAAUGGUACAAUCACUGAUAAAAGAAUUUUGCCCUCAUGUUAGCAAACUGUAUUUAUUUUUCUAUGUACUGACAUUCUGUUAAGGUCCAGCUCACCUGUACAAUACUCAUAAUUAUAUAUGGAGGAGUUUGUGGGACUGCAGACUCACAUAAUGCUAAUAGAGGUCAUUCCUUUGUGUUUUUUUUAGCAGACAGCUUUGACGUUUAUCAGGCCUGUGUAUGACGGCUCAGUACUUUACGCCAUUCCCUUUCAUUGUACGCAUCUGGAUGAACCGAAAAAUGUUUUUUUCCUCAAGAAUCCACAUCUAGAGAAAGAAUUAGUCAUCCUUUUCUGUGGAGUUGCUCUGUUUUGGGUUGAGUCAUCCACUGACAAAGAGCCCCAGAUACAGGAAAUAUGCCACGAUGGCACAAGAUUUGCUGAAAGUGGAUCAAAAUCAGAACCAUGAAAUUGUUGUAUUUAUGAGUUUCUGCUCUGUAAAUGAAAAAUACAAAGGAGAUAUUUCAGAAGAUAUGCAGAUCACUUCUUAUCCUGAAGUGAAAAACCCUGCUUUCAUAAAAAUGACAAAGUUGAGAUUAAGUUUUGGUCUUCUGCAAACUCCCAGAGAGAUUGGACAUCAUUUACCUGACUCACCAGCAGGGGUCUCUCAGAGCAGCCGCACAGACUGGGAGUGUCAGAAAUUCCUCCAUCAUUAGAUCUGGCAGGAUCCGUAUCUGUAAAUCCACUCUGAGCUGCAGGCUGUUGUGUUAAAAUCCCUUUUCAUUGUCCCUCAAACCUCUAGUCUCAUUUUUGUGGAGUAUGAACUCAGCAGGCCGACAGAAAUGAAUCUAGAGGACUUUUCAACGCCCUGCGUUUCCUAGGUUGACUGAAUUUAGGGAACGAGGGUUUGUGAUAUGCGAGACAGAGAUGAGAUGGAAAGGCAAUGCACCCAUCGCUGGCUCCUGUAGCACCUCACCAUAGGGGUGAUUUUAUAUCUAUAUUUUUUGCCAGGUUUCUGUCUGAUAAUUCAUGUAUGGUAUCAAUAAAGAUGAAUUUUCACUGAAAAACCCC